CCACCCAAUCCAACGGAUUUCAUUCGUACGUGGACAAUCGAACGCGAUCGUCGUAUCCGUUUAUUUGGCUCGAUUUUUGUGCAACAAAAUUAAAGAAAUUUUGAACUUUUCGGCAUAAAAGAAUUCGUAUUUUUGUUUUAGAUAACCGUCGCAUUUCCCACCGAAAAAUGUCGAGUGUUCAACAACCCAAAUUGGUGGCGGUCGCCGAGUCCAAGCGUUUCAUGACCGACUGCUUUCUGGCCGUCAACGUGCCCAAGGAUCAUGCUGAGGCCAUGGCCGAUCUGCUGGUUGGUGCUGAUUACCGCGGUCACUUCAGCCACGGCAUGAAUCGGCUGGAAAUGUAUAUUAACGACUUGGCGAUAAACUCGACCGAUGGUGGUGCCAUACCCGAAAUCCUUAAGGAAACUCCCUCCACUGCAUGGGUGGAUGGCCGCAAUGGUUUGGGCGUAGUUGUGGGUAAUUUCUGCAUGGAUUUGGCUAUUAAAAAAGCGAAAGCGGUUGGUGUCGGUUGGGUAUGUGCCAAGGGCUCGAAUCACUAUGGCAUCGCCUCAUGGUAUGUGCUUCGUGCACUGAAAGAGGGUUUAAUGGGCAUAACCACGACGAACACAUCACCACUAAUGGCGCCGACACGUUCAAAAGAGGCUGCUUUAGGCACGAAUCCAAUAUCAUUUGGUGCACCCGCUAAGGAUGAUAAAUUCCUAUUGGAUAUGGCUACCACUGCCGUCGCCGUGGGUAAGAUCGAAAUCCAACGUCGCAAAGGUGACCCGUUGCCCGAUGGCUGGGCGCAAGAUCCAACAGGCAAUCAAACAAAUGAUGCUGAACUGGCUUUUAGCACGGGCUGUUUAAUGCCACUCGGUGGCCCGGAAAUCUCCUCCGGUUACAAGGGUUAUGGUCUAGGCGCUAUGGUGGAUAUACUCUCUGGUGUCUCAGCGGGCGCCAACUACUCGACGAAAGUGCGUAAGUGGACGCAUGCGGGCGCAAAUACAGCCGCCGAUUUGGGUCAAGUGUUCAUUGCUGUGGAUCCCAGUUGCUUCGCGCCUGGUUUUGAAGAUCGUAUGACGGACUUUAACGGCCGUCUGCGUGGCUGCGAACCG